ACACCACUGCUAUCUAGCGGCGGUACCUUUUAGGGAGAUGACAGGCGCGUGGGGUGACGUCCCAGACGAGCUGCUCUUGGAGAUAUUCUCGUACCUGGACGUAGAGGACCUGGUGUGUAGGGCCCAGCGCGUGUGCUCCCGGUGGAGAGAAGUGAGCAGCGACACUCGACUGUGGACCUCGCUGGAGUACUGCCCCUCGCCAGGCGUCUGCUGCGAGGAAGUGAGGAGUUUCUUACUGCAGGUGCCGCAGCUGAGACGCUUCCGCCUCUGCGCCCACGACCAAGUGGACACCAUCGUCGAGAUGCUGCCAGACUACUGCCCCAACAUCGACACCUUACGUUUGCAGUACUCCAGACGUGCCUGCUCCCACGAGGGCCUUCUGGCGAAACUGUUGUUCUGCCUGGAGAACAUACGGUGCCUGGAGAUUUCACUGGUGGAAAUUGAUGAUGAAUUACUGGGAACUUUCUGGCUUGCUCAGAAUUUGCAAUCCUUGUCGUUGAAAUUAACAACUUGCGAUUGGAAAUUACAUAGAUUACUCUCUCAUGUGACACAUAACUGCAUUUCCCUUAAAGAACUGAGAAUUUCAGUCCAGAACGAUAUGUUUGACAGCGAUUUGAAGGGUCUCGUGCAGAAAGUAAACAAGUUGUUGACACAUUUUUCAUAUGCUUCAGGAGAUGGUUUCAAUCAAGAUACAAGCAACAUAUUCUACCAGUGUACGAACAUGAAAUCUUUGGCUAUCAAUCGCUCUACGUUCUAUGCUGGUAUUGAAAAUCUAGAACUUAUUGGGAAAUUACCUCAACUAGAAAACUUGGCAAUUUUCUGCAUGAAUGUAGCCCCAGACUCUUUGGCACAGUUAUUUCUAGACAACUCUUGGAAUAAACUUGUAAAACUGGAUUUUGUCGGUCUGAAAGGUUUUGACAACAGUUCACUGGAGCACGUCUUCAGGGCAUGUCCCAACCUACAGGAGUUGAAUCUGUGCGACUCGAGCAUAUCAGACGAAGGGUUCCAGCCCGUGUGCAACCCUGGUUCCCGCCUGAAGCGCCUCGCCCUGAACGGCACGAGACUGACGGAUGCCGGGCUCCAGAACGUGCAUCGAUGUCGUCGUCUAGAAGCACUCAACGUCGAGGACUGCCCGUACCUCACGGGAAACAUCGCCAUCCACAUUGCCAAAUGUGCAAGGCUCACAGACCUCGAUGUCGGCAACAAUGCGUGGGUGACCGGCGAGACCGUCAAGACACUGCUGCUGUGCCCCAGGCUGGAGCGUCUCGGCGCGGAGUUCUGCCCCAACAUCACCGCAGCAUGCUUCGAAAGCAUCGUCUUGCCACGGAACUUCCGCAGAGUCAGAGUCACUUGCGCAGAUCACACGGAGUUGGAGAACCUGCUGGAGGUCGCUGGCCGGAAGUCUUUCCUCAGCAUUGCCUCCUGGUGCUUCUCCAUACCUGAUUACGUUAGCUGAUGUCGCUAGUAGGCUGUGCGGGUGGGAGAAUCUGUGCUGCUACUGGAUAUGGUGGCGUCCAGGUCACGAUCAUGAAUUGGAAGAGUUGAUUGUCACUAGCACCAGUGGGAGGCAGGCAUAUUUGUGUGUGGAACAAGGCAUCAAGCGAUGGUCCUUAGACAGGAACUGCUAGGGAUCAUGUCCAUUUUCACUACUGAGAAGUGUUGUUUCAUCGGUCAUACAAGAUGUAAGGUGCUUUGAGAUUGGCCUACGACUCCAGCUCCUUCCAGGAGUUAAGGAUUUGGAAUCGUAGGUUGCCGGUAUUCAGUUGUUUGGACACUUAUUGAAGCAAGAAGUGUCAGGUUGCCAAAGUUAACCCUUUCAUGUAGCCAAGGAUAGUUUCACGACAGUGGUUUUUUUCUCUCCUCAUAUUCCAGACAUUUGUUUUAAUGAGAAGAUUCGACCACAGGCGGCAGGGUGGGCCUCAGUGGAGUGUUUUUUUGUACAUUAGUGGCCACACUGAGAAGACAAGGGUCUUCCAUUUGUACCGUGAGUUGGCAAGCGACUGUGGGAUUUCAUUAAUGAACAUUAAUUAAAUACAGACCCAGAGAGAUGAAACAAUUUGUUUGCACAAGUGGAGUUGUUGGUUUUUGCCUGUUGAAUUUUUUCAUCAUGUAAAUGUAAAUUGCAAAAUAGUGGCCAUGUUCAGUGUAUGGCAAAGGAAGGAACAUAAAAGGUAUUUGUGAAUUAUUUAUUUAUGCCAGAGAAUCUACAGAUUGUGUAGUCAAACUAGAGAGGAACAGUCGACCAAUUUGAUUUCUCCGGAGGAUUGGACUGUUGUAAAUUGCAGUACAAGGUUUCUGGUCUUAGAAAAAUUGUUAACUGCAAGAAUAAAACUGAAAAUUUUAUCACUUCCAGCAGCUGUAAAUAAAAUAAUUGAUCACUUCAGGGUAAAAUAAAUAGUAAAUCUACA